AUGCGAUGAUAAUGCACAACUGUUGCAAUCAAUGGAUCUUACAACAGAGGUUGAAAAGUCUCACAUUCAGUCAUUUUUCUCGCAGUGCAUCAAUAGAUUGAAAGGCUCAGACAAAAAACUGCCACAGGUGCAUUUAAUGCGAGAUUUGUGCAUGAGAGGAUUUGCUGUGCAUCAUAGUGGUAUCCUCCCAAUCCUUAAAGAGGUCGUAGAGCUGCUUUUUCAAAAAGGUUACGUGAAGAUCCUUUUUGCUACUGAAACCUUCGCAAUGGGAGUGAAUAUGCCGGCUCGUACCGUCGUUUUCGAUAGUAUUCAGAAGCAUGAUGGAUUGGAGUUAAGAAACCUAAAUGCUGGGGAGUACAUUCAGAUGGCUGGACGCGCUGGUCGAAGAGGUCUAGAUACUACGGGCACGGUUAUUGUAUUAUGUAAACAAACGAAGCUGGUCGAACCUGGUCAGCUCCAGAUAAUAAUGAUGGGCAAACCAGCACCUCUUGUAUCUCAAUUUCGGGUCACGUAUUCUAUGCUUCUCAAUUUAUUAAGAGUAGAGCACUUACGAGUGGAAGAUAUGUUGCAACGAUCUUUUGUGGAAUGCGUUGCUUUGCGUGAAGGCCCUUCUAGAAAGACCAACCUUGAAAAAGUGAGUGCCUUGAAAAAACGAGUGGAUUGAAA